AUGCUUACAAAAGUAAUGUUCGUACUGCGUAUGGUAGCAGUGUAUUGUAUUUUAGGGGGACAAAAAAUUACCAUAGACAGGGCUCCAUAUCAAGCAAAUUAUGGUGAUAUUUGUGGCGCUGUUAUCAUACAUGCGAAAUGGUUGCUGACUAGUGCACAUUGUGGAGAAAGAGAUUUCAUUAGGACUGGAAGUAAGUUUCGACUUAAAGCUUCCAAGACCAACGUAAAAUCUCACUUCGUUCAUCCGUUGUACGGUUGUCGACAUGCAUUCGACUAUGAUGUGCAGCUUUUAGAACUAUUUCGAGAGUUACAUUUUGGAAGGAAAGUAGGCUCUAUUAGAAUUAGUCACGGGGUAUGUGGGAGCGAUGUUUCUGUCAGUGGUUGGGGGUAUUCGAAGGAAAAGGGGGAUUACAACGAUAUUCUAAAACAAGUGAAGAUCGAGAUUAUACCGUUAGAGAAGUGUCAAAAAAUUCAGAAUUCCUUCUAUAACAAUACAUUGACAAACACAAUGUUUUGUGCUGGCGCUGAAGACGGAGAUGCUUGUCAAGGAGACAGUGGUGGUGCUGCGGUAUCUUAUGGCCAAUUGAUUGGACUUUCAAGCUUUGGAUACGGUUGCGGAAGAAAUACGCCAGGCGUUUACAUCAAUUUAUCACAUACAAAUAUUCGCCUGUGGAUUCGCAGAUUUACCGGAAUUUACGUUAUAAAUUGAAAUUGAAUGUCAAAGAAAAUCUUUAGCCAUUAGACAGUGAUAUGCUUCUUAAGUGUGAUAGGUAAUAGAAUAAUUGGAUUUGCAAAGGUCAGAUAAAAAAUGGUGGAAC